AUGAUGAACAUUGGACUUCACGCGGUUUAUGCAGAAUUUUGCCGCGAGAUGGAGAGUUUUUGUCCGGAAUGCUUGCGUUCCGGCUUUUCAGUACCUUUAUUGAAAGUUAAGUCAUCUGCUGGUUCAAUAAAUGGAAUCUGCUCCUCAAACAAGUGUUCAUACCCAUUUUCAGUGUACUCUGAUCUGCAGUUAUCACUUUGUAGAGGUGUAGAUGACCGUGCAUCAGAAGAAUCUCAAACGGUCCGUGGUUUUCUUGAUGAACUGUUUGGUAUGGAUGUCAAAAAUGGAGAUGAUGGAAGUUCGUUCAAAGGUGUUGACUCCUCUCACCUGUAUAGUGAUUGUGUGCCUACUAGUUCAUCUGGUAGUUUCGAUUUGAUUCAACAAGAUGUUUGCGACAGUUCUCCGGUUGACAAUCUCUUCCAAAACAAUUAUAUGCUUCCAAGAUACUUAGCAGAUGACAUGAAAAGAAUUAUAAGUGAAGAUUUAUCCUAUUCAAAACGUCCACAGUUCCAAACUACGAGCAAUCCCCACAUGUCUGAAAAGUUCAAUCGGAGUAGUGACAGCGGAAUUUCAAUCUCUUCGCGGUCUUCUAAACCAUCUACUCUUAGCUACAGCGAACAUGUCGCCCAGCGGAUGUCAAACCAAAGCGAUGCUAUUUCAACCUCUAAAUCAGUUUCUAUAUCUUCUUUCCCACUCGACAAAACAAAGAAUAUGGCCCAUUUUGAUCGGUUGGUUAAACUUCAAGAAGAACGAAUGCAGCUCCACUAA